ACAUGUACGCCUUCUCAUCACUACGCUGGCAUACCGCCGUCGUGCUUUAUGCAACUGCAUUUUAUAACACUGCAUAUCCGAUCCUGAUCAGCAGCGGCAGGGCUUCCUCCAAAAUAGAAAUUGAUACUCAGCCUCUUUCGUUCACUGGGAAGAAAGAAGCCACGUAAGUCUUUCAUUGAUUUUGAUUAGAAGAAAAAACAAGGGCCCCUUUCUUAGACAAUCAAUCAUGGAGAGACAUUGACCAGAUCAUCUAUUUGGGGCAAAGAUUUACGCUAAACGGUCUUUAGAAAGAGAACAGUGGUACACUGCCAAGACAGAAAGCACACUUCUCAUGCAUGCACUAGCGCAGUAUAACAAAAGGCAUGAAUACGCACGCGUCUUAUCAUCAUUUUCGGCUGAAUUCAUUCUCCAUGAUCAUCAUCAACUUCAAAGUCUCGCCGAA